AUGCAUGCCACAUCUUGUUCCUCAACAAGCAUUACCCGUCUGAAAAACCUGAACAGAAGAACAGUUAAUGUUCUUGCAUCCAAGUUGUACUUCUAUUACUUUGUUAGCUAUGAACUCACUAACGAUUUAUCUGAAAUCAGAGGUAAUCUCCCUUCUUUGCACUGUGUUGCUAUAUUGCGCCAUGAUGAGUUAGGCCAAGAAACCCUCAUUUCACAUAAUGAUAAGGGUGCAUGUUUCUCUUCCGCUUCUACUACUUCAGCAUGCCUUUUAGGGUUUAAUCAAGAAGCAUUAAUGGAGAUGAGUAGUACAGACAAAGAGAUAAGAAUGCAGACUUCAUCAUUUCCAUACAACAACCACCAGUUGAUUCAUGAAUCCUCCUCAGAAAUCAUGGACCAUGGGUCCGACCCAGAUCGGUUUGAUGGGUCUGGAGCUUCAGCUACACCCAUAUCAGUCGGAUCUAGGCUCUUAAAGUCACCUCCACCGCGGUAUCGAGAGUGCUUGAAGAACUAUGCGGCCAACAUCGGUGGUAGUAUCACCGACGGAUGCGGUGAGUUCAUGCCUUCAGGCGAUGACGGAACCCUAGAAGCACUUAAAUGUGCUGCUUGCAAUUGCCACCGUAAUUUCCAUCGCAAAGAAACCACCACCGCCGCCGCCGUUACAGCCGGACCUUUUCUCCAGCUCCCUCCUCCAUUACCCUCCCACUCACCAUUGUUCAACAACCACCAGCGUACGUCAACGUCAGCAGUCUCCCUCCACCACAACCCAAACUGGGUAUCCUCCAUCAACGCUCCUCCAGUCAGAAUGGCGGUGGGGGGAAGUGGUGCUGCAACGGAGUCCUCGAGUGAGGAGCUCUAUUUCACAGCGGUGGCGCCGUACGGAGUGGCGAAGAAGAGAUUUAGGUCGAAAUUUACGCAGGAUCAGAAGGAGAAAAUGCUUGAAUUUGCAGAAAAGGUAGGGUGGAGGAUACCAAGGGAAGAUGAUCCAGAGGUGCAAAGAUUUUGCGCAGAGGUUGGAGUUAAACGACAAGUUCUCAAGGUCUGGAUGCAUAAUAAUAAAGCCAUUUCUGGGAAGAAGCAGGUUCCAGAUUCCAAUGAAAACAUUGAUUGAUUGUACGUUACCAUUCAGUUAUGCAGUAGACUGUUGUAGUGUGAAUAGGGAGUUGUGACUCUAUCUUGUUGUUUUCAUUGUGUUUUUAAUUAUUUUCUGGAUUUUAAUCUAAAAACUAG